ACGGGCAUCAGACCAGGACUGAAGAAAGCUAUAAAGAGACUUGAGCAAUUAAUUCCAUGGUUUUCAUGGGAAUCUACUGAUAUCAGAACCUUCCUUACAGCUUUCCUCUGACCCUGUAGAAAUGAAAAUUGACAUCCAUAGUCAUAUUCUUCCAAAAGAAUGGCCAGACCUAAAAAAGAGAUUCGGCUAUGGAGGUUGGGUGCAGCUCCAACACCACUGCAAGGGUGAAGCAAAGAUGAUAAAAGAUGGGAAGGUCUUCAGAGUGGUCCAAGAGAACUGCUGGGAUCCAGAAGUUCGUCUUAGAGAAAUGGACCAAACAGGAGUCACUGUGCAAGCCCUUUCCACAGUUCCUGUCAUGUUUAGCUACUGGGCCAAACCUCAAGACACUUUAGACUUGUGCCAGUUUCUAAACAACGACCUAGCUGCCACCAUUAUGAACCACCCCAGGAGGUUUGUGGGUCUGGGCACACUGCCCAUGCAGGCCCCAGAUCUGGCAGUCAAGGAGAUGGAGCGUUGUGUGAAGGAGCUGAAAUUUCCUGGGGUCCAGAUAGGCUCCCACAUAAACAAGUGGGACCUGAAUGCAGAAGAACUCUUCCCGGUCUAUGCAGCAGCAGAAAAACUGAACUGUUCCCUAUUUGUACAUCCCUGGGACAUGAAAACGGAUGGACGGAUGGCCAAAUACUGGCUUCCUUGGCUAGUAGGGAUGCCAACAGAGACCACCAUAGCCAUCUGCUCCAUGAUCAUGGGUGGAGUGUUUGAGAAGUUUCCUAAAUUGAAAGUAUGCUUUGCACAUGGAGGUGGUGCCUUCCCCUUCACAGUGGGAAGAAUCUCACAUGGAUUCAGCAUGCGUCCCGACCUCUGUGCCCAGGACAAUCCCACAAACCCAAAGAAAUACCUUGGUUCUUUUUACACUGACUCCUUGGUUCAUGAUCCCCUGGCCCUCAAACUGUUAACAGAUGUCAUAGGAAAGGAUAAAGUGAUUUUGGGAACUGAUUACCCUUUUCCACUAGGUGAGCUAGAACCUGGAAAACUUAUAGAAUCCAUGGAAGAAUUUGAUGAGGACACAAAGGAUAAACUCAAAGCUGGCAAUGCCCUCGCAUUUUUGGGUCUUGAAAGAAACCAAUUUGAAUAACUGAAUUUACUACAAAGACAAACUUACAAGAUAAUGUUUUAUUUUUGUUUAAUAUAUACAUGUAUAUCACAUGGUCUGGACAGUGGCACACCAGGUUGAGUGGAUAUGUUACCAUGCACAAAGAUCCAGGUUCAAGCCCCCACUUCCUACCUGCAGAGGGAAGCUUCAUGAGCAGUGAAGUAGUGCUGCAGGUAUCUCUCUUUCCCUCUCCACACCUCCCCAUCAAUUUUUCUCUGUCCUACCUAAAAAAAGGAAGAAAGAAAAGAAAAAAGGAAAAAACAGUUACUAAGUACAGUGGAUUUGUCACACAGGCAUGAAGCCCCAGCAAUAAUAAUAAAUGAAUAAAUAAAUAAAUACCACAAAAGCACUAAAAUCCUAUUUUAUUUAAAAAUAGAAAAUUGCCAAAUACUAAAUUAUUCACAACAAAAAUGACUCAUAUGUACUUUCAUUCUAAAAUGCAGUAUAUUGUUUCAUGUAAUUGUUUCAUGUGACAAUUUUUCCAAAGCUUUAAGAAUCAGUGGCAGAGGGGCCAGGUAGUGGUGCACUUAGUUGAGCACAUAUUACAAUGAGCAAGAACCCAGGUUUGAGCCCUUGGUCCCCACCUGCAGGGGGAAAGCUUCCCAAGUGGUGAAGCAGGGCUGCAGGUGUCUGUCUCUCUCCCUCUCUCCUCCUUCCCUCUCAGUUUCUGGCUGUCUCUACCCAAUAAAAAAAUAAAGAUAAUAAAAAAUA